CCCCGCGAUACUGGACAGAGGCACAAUGCGACUUCGACUAUAGCAGUAUCACCCGGACACGUCCUAACUGCUACUUCCUCUCUGUUUCAAAACAUAAUGGCACACUCCAAGAACUUCGUAAAUCGCCAAGCGAAGGAAGAGGUGGCAGAGAAGCAUACCAAUGGGCACAUCACCGCCAAUGCGGUCGGUGAGCAGAAGACGGACUACUCACAAUGGCGGCUGAAGGAUGAAGACGGCUGCCAGACAUGGCAUUACCUAGAGACGGACGAGGAGCUCAAGGCGUGGCCGCAGAGCACCGCGGAUAAAUAUCACUUGGGUCUAGAAACGGGCCUUCCCAAGCUUCCUGCCGCGAAAACCCCCCUCGAAUCCGCCGCUAAUGGCCUCUCCUUCUUCUCACACCUUCAACUCCCGCCUGGAAACUGGGCUUGUGAAUAUGGCGGACCUAUGUUCCUGCUACCCUGCGCUGUCAUCACCUGGUAUGUCACCGAGACACCAGUCCCCGAGGCGUGGAAGAUCGAAAUCAAAAAUUACUUAUAUGCACGCCAAAAUCCCAAGGAUGGGGGAUGGGGACUACAUAUUGAAGGCGAGAGCUCUGUAUUCGGGACCAGCAUGAACUAUGUGGUGCUGCGGCUGCUUGGAGCGAGUGCGGAGGACCCUAGGAUUAUCAAGGCGAGGGGUUUGUUACAUAAGAUGGGUGGUGCGGUGUAUGGGCCGCAUUGGGCCAAGUUCUGGCUUGCAGUACUGGGAAUUGCGGGUUGGGAUUUGGUCAACCCAGUCCCGCCAGAGUUUUGGCUUCUUCCGGACUGGGUGCCAUUAGCGCCGUGGAGGUGGUGGAUACACAUGCGGAUGGUAUUCCUGCCCAUGAGCUAUGUGUAUUCCAAGCGGUGGCAGUAUCCCCUGAACGACCUUACGCGAUCACUACAACAGGAGUUGUUCACGGAGCCAGUUGAGCAGAUCAACUUCCUGUCUCACCGGAACAGCAUUCACGUAAAAGACAACUACCAUCCCAAGAGCUGGCUCCUAAACUCCGUGAACUGGGCACUGGUCAAUGUCUGGAACCCGUAUCUUCGACCAAAUUUCCUGGUCAAGAAAGCAGAAGACUGGGUAUGGUGGUUGGUCCAAGAGGAAGAUCACAACACAGAGUAUACCAAUCUUGGACCUGUCAAUGGGCCCAUGAAUACACUGGUCUGCUAUAUUAAAGAAGGGCCGGAUUCCUACUCAGUCCAGGAACACCGGAAAACACUCCCCGAGUUUCUCUGGGUAAAAGGCGAAGGCAUGCUGAUGAACGGUACCAAUGGAGUCCAAGUCUGGGAUACCGCUUUCCUCAUCCAAGCUUGCGUCACCGCCGGCUUCGCGCAAGACCAGAAGUGGAAGCCCAUGCUUCUCAAAGCGCUCGAAUUCCUCGAGGCCCAGCAAAUGCGCGAGGAGGUGCGCGAGCAGAAGAGAUCGUACCGCCAGAGCCGCAAGGGCGCCUGGGGCUUCAGCACUAAAAAGCAAGGGUAUACCGUCUCCGACUGCACCUCCGAAGCCCUCAAAGCCGUCAUGAUGCUCCAAAACAUCCCCGGCUAUCCACAGCUCAUCUCCGCAGACCGCCAGCAACAAGCCAUCGACGUCCUCCUCACGAUGCAGAAUGCCUCUGGGGGCUGCGCCUCCUACGAGCCGACUCGCGGCCCCGUCUACCUCGAGUGGCUCAACGCCGCUGAAGUCUUCGGCCGCAUCAUGAUCGAAUACGACUACCCGGAAUGCACGACCGCCGUCGUCGGGGCCCUGUCUAUGUUCACGGACCGCUUCCCGGACUACCGCUCGUCCCACAUCGCAGACUUCAAGGCGCGUGCCGUCGAGUAUAUCCGCACUGAACAGCGCGCCGACGGCUCCUGGUACGGCUCCUGGGGCAUCUGCUUUACGUACGCCGGCAUGUUCGCGCUCGAAGCCCUUGCAUCGGUCGGGGAAACCUACGAGAACUCGGAGCGGGUGCGCCUCGCCUGUCAAUUCUUCUUAGACCGCCAGAUGGAGGAUGGCGGGUGGGGCGAGACGUACAAGAGCUGCGAGAGCGGGACGUACUGCCAGCAUGAGCAGAGCCAGGUCGUGCAGACUGCGUGGGUGUGCAUUGCGCUGCUCGAGGCAGGGUAUCCGGAUCCGGAGCCGCUGAAGAAGGCGCUGAAGAUGAUUAUGGGGAGGCAGUGUGCGAAUGGGGAGUGGAAGCAAGAAGCAAUCGAGGGGGUGUUUAAUAAAUCUUGCAUGAUUUCGUAUCCGAACUACAAGUUCACGUUCACAAUCAAGGCGAUGGGUAUGUUUGCUAAGAAGUGGGGUAAUAUUGAGUUGCUGUAAUGACGGCUGUCGGGUAGGCUCUAUGUAGAGAGUGGUUUUUGCGGACUGGUAGAAGAUUAGUAGAAAAUAAUAUGAGAUGUGGCGUCUACUGGACGCAGGUCGGGUU